AUUCCCACCGCCAUGGCUGGCCGUUUUGUUCGUUCGUCGAAGUAUCGACACAUCUUCGGGCGUUCCACACGAAAGGACCAAUGCUACGAUAGCCUCCGGGUCUCUACCAAUGCAUGGGAUACCAACCUGUUGAAGGUCAACCCCGAAUACAUCUCUGUUAACUGGGAGACCACAGGUGGUGGAGCUUUUGCCGUUUUACCUCUUAAUGAGAAGGGUAGACUCCCAGAACGGAUCCCGCUCUUUCGUGGACACACCGCAGUCGUGCUAGACACGGACUGGAAUCCGUUCAACGACUCCCUGAUUGCUUCUGGAGCUGAUGACGGAAAGGCAAGUGAACAAGCGCUCGAUGCAGACGAAAUCCAGGACAUCGCGCCAAUCGGCAGACUUCCAGGCCAUCCAAAGAAAGUUGGUCACGUUCUGUUUAACCCUGCCGCCGAUAACGUCCUUGCCUCUUCCUCUGGAGACUUUACCGUUAAGAUAUGGGAUAUCGAAGCGGGCGCAUCUAAACUUACUCUAAACGUUAAUGAAGUGAUACAGUCCAUGUCUUGGAGCGCAAAUGGCUCCCUGAUGGUCACAACCUCCCGUGACAAGAAGCUGCGCAUCUGGGACGUUCGACAAGAGAAGCCGGUGCAUGAAGGUGCCGGCCAUGCUGGUGCGAAGAACAGCAGAGCUGUUUGGAUGGGAGAGCACGAUCGUAUUGCAACAACCGGCUUUUCCAAGAUGAGUGAUAGACAAAUGGCUCUAUGGGACGUUCGUGCUGCUAGGGAACCUAUCAAUGGCUUCAAGGUUCUGGAUUCUAUCUCUGGCGUGUGUAUGCCCUUCUGGGAUGAAGGAACACAGUGUCUCUAUCUUGCUGGAAAAGGAGAUGGGAACAUCCGGUACUUCGAGUACCAAAACGACAAGUUUGAGUUCUUGUCUGAGUACAAGUCCGGUGAUCCACAGCGUGGCGUCGCAUUUAUGCCAAAGCGAGGUAUUAACAUGCAUGAGAACGAGGUCGUCAGAGCCUACAAGACUGUCAAUGAUUCAUACAUUGAACCUGUUUCAUUCAUCGUUCCUCGCCGUGCGGAGGUAUUCCAGGAUGAUAUCUACCCACCCACCACUGGCAUUAGCCCUGCCAUGUCAUGUAAUGAAUGGUUUGAAGGCAAGAACGCACUUCCUCCUAAGAUUGACAUGGAGAGCCUCUACGAAGGAGGUGUUAUGAAAGAACUCUCCGCCGAUGCCAUCACCACUACCAAGGAGCCGGAAGUCAAGGCACCAGAGCCGGCCAAAAGCCAACCAGCACCAAAACCCACACCAGAUCCCCAGGCUGCACCGCCUGCAGCUGCGAUUGCCCCGCGUGCAGGCAUGAAAGAGCAAGGUGCAUCCAUGGCUGCGGCGGCAUCAAAAUAUAUCGACAAGGAUGAAGAUGAGGAAGAAGUCGGUGGCAGCUCGGGCUUUGAUGCGCCAAAACCGCAACCUCAAAAGGUACCCUCGAUCUCCGUCUCUCCAGCACAAGCUGAUGCGUCCCUGCCAACCAAGCAAGAACCAAAGGAAUCGAAACCUGUUCCAUCAAUGACAGCAACAACCACCCCCGCUACAGCUAACAAGGGCGCUGCCGACUCUCCAGUUUCAGAGACAUCUCUAAUGAAGGAGAUUGAAUCCAUCAAAGAGUUGAUAGCUGAGCAAGCUCGCACCAUUGCCUCUCAAGCUGAGGAGCUUAGCGCUCUCAAGUCUGAAAUUACUAGUCUCAAAUUGAAACUCGGGUAG